CGAGGCGCGCCGCCACUGUCAUCACGAGCAUGGAUUCGGGUUCUGGUGCCUCUACUAGCGAUGAGUACAUCUCUGAAGACGAGAACCAUUCCAGCUUGGCAAAAAAUAUAACCGCUUACGGUUACGAGCCUUCCGCGCCAAGCGGUGAAGAGGAGCAGGCGGCCGUAGACGUGCCGGUCAGGCAGCCCGGGCCAGCAAAAUGCCAAUACCGAUACACUGCCUACCGAUUGUUUGGUAUGUGUACAGGCGACUUGGCCAAGAUAACCGGGUUGUUUUGCCAAGCUGUGCUGGCCACAGGAUCAAGAAACAGUUCUCUACGCCAGGAGGGCAUUACACCGGCUACCUUGACGCAUGAUGGCAGUUUCUCCUGA